UCUACCCCCCGACCCCACCAUCCACACCACUCCAUCAUCACAGCCAGAAGAUAACAAUGGCAACCAACAUUAGGGAGAGAAAAAUGAAGAGAAGAGUGUAUCUUUUUCAUGCUUAUAUUUCAAGAUCCAAUGCAGCUAUGAUAACAGUCACAUUCUCCCCACUAAAAUGAUUUUCCCUUCAAGAUUAGUGUUUCACAGAAUUAAAAUUACCAAGCCUUUCUGUAAAUCCUAGAAUUUAUUUUGCUCAAAACCCUGAUAAUUCUGGGAAAGAAUCAAGACCUUGGGCGUUGGAGUUCAUUUUCGGUAAAUUUCAGGGUUUCGUACUUUCACCGUUCUUGCAAAGAGUUCUGGAACCCUAGAAUUUCAAAUCUUCUACUUUGAAACCCUAAUUGAAAAUCAAAACUCGGUAUUCGAGGCCUUUCAUCUGCAAUGUUAUGGCCCUUAAAUUUAGCUUGUGUUUCUAAUCCUAAACCCUUAAUCUAGAGAAAGAAGUAAAAAAAAAAAAAAAUGACGACUCGGGGGAGCAGAUCGCAGAAAGUUAAGAUAAUAUUCCAGCAAUUCGAUGCGAACAGGGACGGUGGUCUUAGCCGUGAGGAAAUGUCGGCUCUGGUGGUGGCGGUGAACCCUAGGGUUAAAUUUAGCGAGGAGCAAAUUAAUGCAAUCCUCGACGAGGUGUUUCGUACAUACGGAGAAUUUAUAGACGGCGAAAAGGGCCUCACGUUCGAUGGCCUCCUUCGAACCUACGAUGACGGAGCUGGUGAUGUGGAUCGCGAUUUUGAUGCCCUUGGCCUCGAGCUUAAUUCCUCUGAGGAGAAAAAUGGAAUUUCAUUGGUUUCAGAGGAGGCCGCCUCGUCUUCGUCAAUUGCAGAUGAGCGUUUGAUGGAACCCCAUAAAAAAAAGCGCACCGUUGCCUGGGCAUCCUCCCCUAACCACGGCAUUGUGUUUGAUGAUACGUGGAAACUUGUUGACGAUCUUGAAAUAUUAAUUAAAAGGUUAAAAUCGAAGCAGUCCCAGGAUGGUAAGGUGAUAAAUGAUAAUUCUGAUGUAUAUUCAGAUCCAGGCUGGUCUCGGGAGCUCGGCCCAUCUGUGGAGAUUACUGAGAAAAGGGUGGUUUGGGAAGAGUUGGGGCAUGACUAUGCGGUUUUUGUGAAGGAAUUGGGAGUUUUGAGGUCUAGGGCUGAUGGAGCAAGGUCAAGGGAAGAGGCUUUUGAUGGACAUAUGGCGAUUGGAAGAGUAUUGUAUGAGCAUUUUUUGUUUAAGGAGGCUUUGGUGAGCUUCAAGAGAGCAUGCGAGUUGCAGCCAACUGAUGUCAGACCGCAUUUUAGAGCAGGGAACUGUUUAUAUGUGCUUGGGAGGCAUAGUGAGGCCAAAGCAGAAUUUCUACUGGCACUGGAGGCGGCAGAGGUUGGUGGGAAUCAAUGGACGUAUCUGUUGCCCCAGAUUCAUGUGAAUUUGGGAAUUGCACUUGAAGGUGAAGGUAUGCUUAUUAGUGCUUGUGAGCAUUAUAGAGAAGCUGCUAUUUUGUGCCCUACACAUUUUAGGGCUUUGAAGCUUUUGGGUAGUGCCCUUUUUGGUGUGGGUGAGUAUAAGGCGGCCAUUAAGGCCUUAGAGGAGGCUAUUUAUAUGAAGAAUGAUUAUGCUGAUGCACACUGUGAUUUGGCUUCUGCUUUGCAUGCUGUGGGUGAUCAUGAUAAUGCAAUUAAGGAGUUUCAGAAAGCUAUUGACUUGAAACCUGGUCACGUAGAUGCACUGUACAAUCUGGGCGGGCUAUAUAUGGAUAUGGUGAGGUAUCAAAGGGCAUCAGAGAUGUAUACUAGGGUCUUGGGUGUGUGGCCAACCCAUUGGAGAGCACAGUUAAAUAAAGCAGUUUCUUUGCUAGGAGCUGGGGAAACUGACGAAGCUAAGAAAGCUUUAAAAGAAGCUUUAAAAAUGACAAACAGGGUCGAAUUACAUGAUGCCAUAUCCCACUUGAAGCAGCUACAGAAGAAGAAGUUGAAGGGAAAUGGUAGUGGUAAUGUUGUGGAGGCCUACAUUACCGUGGAACCUUCAAAAUUUAAAACUGUAGGUGAGAAAACUACUUUGAGGCCAGAACUCGCGGUUGCACUUGAUAUUAGAGCUUUUCAGAGGAUCACUAGAUUGAAUCGGUGUGAGGUAGAACUAAUAAAGAAAGAAAUGAAUGAAAGCGACGUUCAGGUUUCCUAUUCUGGCAGUGGUAUACCUGAAAAGUCCGUUCGCAAGGCUUCAUUGGAGGGAAUUCUCCGCAAGUUACUUAACUUUCUGAAGCCGGAAACUUUUCCAGGAGCUGUCAAAGCUGUAAACCAGAAAAUCCUCUCUGUUUUGGAUGAAUCAGAGUCAGGUAGGGUGGAUUUGGGCUUGUUUUUUGCUGCCCUUUCACCUAUUUGUGGUGGUUCUCCAGACAAGCGAAAACGGCUUGCAUAUGAUGCACUCUUGUGGCGCCCAGUAAAUGAAGGUAGCACAGAGAUAUCGAAGUCUGACGCCCAGAGAUACAUCAAACUAUUGAGGGCCAUCUAUAUUCCCUCCCAUGGUAUUAGUGAAAUACUGGAAAUCCAUGGAGAAACAGAUAACUCCAAGGUCUCUUUAACAGAGUUCAUUGCGAUGUUCGAUGAUCAAGAGUGGGGCUUCGGUAUCAUGUCGACUCUAUUGAAGCUUGAAACUGGGGAUAGAACUCGCCAUGGUUUCCAUGUCUGUUCAACUUGCCGUUAUCCAAUAAUUGGUUCCCGCUUUAAAGAGAUGAAAUCGCAACUCAGCCUUUGCAGUCAAUGCUACAGUGAAGGAAAAGUGCCUCCUACCUGCAAGCAGGAAGAGUACAGAUUCAAAGAGUAUGCAAGUGAAUCUGAAGCUGUUAAAGACAAAUGUAUGUGGUUCAGUUUGCAUUCCAAAGGAUCCUCGCUGCCUUCCCCUAGUUAGUCACGUGUAAGUCGUUGGAUACUCCUGUCUGUAAUGUUUCAUACAUAAAAUUUAGUUGUCCUUUGUGAAUUAUGUAGAUUGUGGAAUGUUUUUAGUGGCCUUUCGUGCCCUUGUACGAUAAAUUUUUUCAAGUGUUAAACAGAUCAUUUCUAUUUCAGCUUUUUGCUCC